AUGGUCGUUCUUGCCGCAUCCAUUGUCGGUAAAUCUGGUAAAGUUCUAGUUUCUAGACAGUUUGUGGAGAUGUCUCGUAUAAGAAUUGAGGGACUUCUAGCAGCAUUUCCCAAGUUAAUAGGCACCGGGAAACAACACACAUAUUUUGAGACUGAGAACGUGCGCUAUGUUUACCAGCCAAUAGAAGCUCUUUACCUGCUUCUUGUGACAAACAAACAAAGUAACAUACUGGAAGAUUUGGAUACUCUGAGACUUCUCUCCAAACUUGUCCCUGAAUAUUCUUAUUCCCUUGACGAAGAGGGUAUCUGCAAACAUGCCUUUGAGCUGAUUUUUGCGUUUGAUGAAGUCAUCUCUCUUGGGCACAAGGAGAAUGUGACUGUUGCACAAGUUAAACAAUACUGUGAGAUGGAAAGUCAGGAAGAGAAGCUGCACAAGCUGGUUAUGCAGAGCAAGAUCAAUGAAACUAAGGAUGUUAUGAAGCGGAAAGCAAGUGAGAUUGAUAAGAGCAAGAUUGAAAAGAAUAGAGGUGAUAAAGGAGGGUUUGGUCCGUUGACGUCAAUGGGAUCUGGAAAAAUUGAAAAUAGCUUCAAUGAUAUGAGCAUAUCUAGCACUGGAACUGGCUUUGGAAGUGGCUCCGGUUUUGGAUUGAGUACUGAUGUUGAUUCUUUUUCUACCAAGCCUAAAGGCCGUCCAACUGCAUCUGCCACUGCUCCACCAAAGGGUCUUGGUAUGAAGCUUGGUAAAUCUCAAAAGACAAAUCAGUUUCUGGAAUCAUUGAAAGCAGAAGGUGAGGUCAUUGUUGAAGAUGUUCAGCCAAGACCUAGCCAGUCUCGGACAGCUGCCCCGCCGCUUACUGAUCCUGUCACUUUAACUGUUGAGGAGAAAUUAAAUGUGACACUGAAACGAGAUGGUGGAGUUGGUAGUUUUGAUGUUCAAGGCACAUUGUCUCUCCAAAUUCUUAACCAAGAAGAUGCAUAUAUUCAAGUUCAGGUCCAAACCGGUGAUAAUCAAGCCAUCUCUUUCAAGACACACCCUAAUAUGAACAAAGAGCUAUUUGCCAAUGAACAUAUUUUAGGUCCAAAGGAUCCCAACAGGCCUUUCCCCACCGGUCAAGCCAGUGAUGCUGCAGGUGUUGGACUUUUAAAGUGGAGAAUGCAAAGCACCGAUGAGUCAAUGGUGCCAGUGACAAUCAACUGUUGGCCCUCUUCUUCUGGAAAUGAAACUUACGUCAGCAUUGAAUAUGAGGCUUCAUCAAUGUUUGAUCUACAGAAUGUUGUGAUUUCUGUACCUCUUCCACCUCUUCGAGAUGCACCAUCUGUUAAACAGGCUGAUGGAGAAUGGAGGUAUGACUCUAGGAAUUCCAUUUUGGAGUGGUCUGUACUUCUGAUUGAUAAUUCAAAUCGCAGUGGGUCAAUGGAGUUUGUUGUUCCACAAGCUGAUUCAUCAGCAUUCUUUCCCAUUUCAGUUUGUUUUAUGGCAACUGAUACAUUUAGCGACCUGAAGGUUACGAAUAUUAUACCGGUUAAGGGUGGUAAUCCUCCGAAAUACGCGCAGAGAACACAGUUGACAACAGAAAACUACCAAGUUGUGUGA